CUUCCCUAUUCGAACCAUCAAGCAUAUCCGAGGUCGCACGGCAUAUUGGCUCACCCUUUCAGCUCCUCAACUUCAGCCUUGUAGCUUGCCAUUCUUUCGUCUCACCUCACCAAUGCUGGCUUAGGGCCCAGCUUCAACACUUGUCCCACGUCAGCAGAACCGUUCAGCUCUUGAGCAAUUGAACCUUAAAUGCACCGUCUCUCUUGUCUUCAAUUGAUCAAUUUCGCCUCGCAACCGUUCUCGCAGACUACGUACACGAUGCAUCUCGGCAUUAUCAACUUCAUCAAAGGCCUCCUUGGCCUCGCAUCAUCUAAGCCAAACCCCGCCUUCAAAGACGAUGACGAUAACAAGUAUAUCCGCGGCCCAAUCGGAAAUCGCGGUCCAUGCCCAGGUCUAAACUCACUCGCCAAUUCAGGCUACAUACCUCGAGACGGCAAGAACAUCACUCAAGCUCAUCUCGCCAAUGCUUUAGAGACGGCGCUACAUAUGACUCCUACUCUUUCUGCGGUACUUGUCAACUCCGUCAAGCCUCUGUUGAGAAAGGAUGGCACAUUUGAUUUGGUUGAUGUGAGGAUUCAUAAUGUUUUGGAGCAUGAUGGGUCGUUUACUCGACAUGAUAUUGUUCAAGGGGACAACUUUAGCUUGCAACCAACGUACUUCGAAGCUCUCCUCAAAGACGCCAACAACGGACCCCUCACCCUCAAGUCCCUGGCAAAGACCUUCCGCAGACGCCACAAGGAAAGCAGGGAAGUCGGCUCACCAAGGCUGCCUCUCCAUCUUUGGUUCGUCAGUGUUGCGGAAGCUGUAGCUUUCUUCCACGGCUCUCAGCUUGGAAAGGAACUGCCGCUGGACCACGUUCGCACAUUCUAUCUGGAGGAGAGAUUUCCAGAUGCAGUGUUGGAGAAUAAAAAGAGUCGGACUGUGCCUGGAUUGGGUCUUGAUGCGCUGGAGCUUUUGUUUUAUGCUUACAUCAUGCCAUGGAGUAGUUGACGUGUCUUUGGGGUUUCUCGGAGCGAGGAGUGGAUAUGGGAACUUUGGCGCAGGAAAUUGCUUGGUGUCAUGGUUGCUUGGUAAAUUGCUUUUGUUGUCGGGACAGGCUAGGAGCUGAAUGGUAACGGCUUGCUGAACCUAGAAUGGACAUCAUACCCUUAAUGUUCCUUUGUGAAAACGCGCAGAUUGCAGAAAUCUUGCUCAUUCCACUGAACACCAUUCAAGUGGGGUAAGUUAGUUGUCCGACUCGGAAUUACUACUUAUAUUAGGUUCAAGCUCUGAAACCAUG